UCGGCGUAAGAGCAUCAACGAGUACUCGAAACCUGCCCGGGUCGACGAUAGAAACUGCCCGAGCUUAGAAGGCAUUGGAAUAUGAUGCCUCUCCGAGCAAAUUGAUGAGCAGAAUUCAUCUCAAUCAAGCUAUUGUCCGGAUUUCUUGUCCGUCUCGACAAUGGAUGAUUUGCUGAAGCCGGCCAGCAUUGUCCGCAGGACCCAGAAAGAUGCAGGAACGGGAUUCUUGCAGGAGCUGGUUAUCCGGGAAAGCUCUAACGGUGCGGAACCGGAAUCACAACUCCUCCAACACAAGACCCCAGCCUCACUGGAGGAUGCUCUCGAGAUCGUCAGACACGAACCGGACUACGAGUCGCUCAUCUCUGUCUUGGGCUUUCUCUCCCGCCACGAGACCCCUGAGUCCCACUUACCGACCAUCAAGCUGCCAGGUCCCCUGAGCGCCCAGCUUGUUCAAGUCCUGGUCUCGGAUAUCGUGCCGAAUUACUGGCCACUACUUACCGAGGACAUCCACCAGGGCAAGAACUCUGGUCUGAAGCUGCUCCUGUACUGUCUCUCGAGUAUCACGGGAGUGAAUGCUAUCCUCGUCCGGCUGAGGGCCCUCGUCCAAGAAGCCAAGUCGGAGGCAGCCGCAAAGACAAAGCGACCUGAUAUCUCCCUGAACCUAGGGGUCCUCCUCGACUUGCUCUCUCGUGUCCUCCAGGGCGAUGGCUGGGUCUUGGAGGCAUGGCGGCUUGCCAGGUCGGGGACCGCUGAGCCCGCCCGGGUAAGGCCGAGGGUACAGGAGAUCGUUUCGACAUUGGGAAGUGGCCGCAUUAUUUCCCUGGCUGCCGAAGCCGAAGAAGUUGCCAAAGCCAAUAAUUCUAGCAAGAGGGUUGACGACGAUAUCUGGCCUGCUAACUCGCUGCAAUAUACUCAGUGGGUGGGCCGGAAUCUUGUCAGAUUAGUGUGGUCAGAUCUUGGGCCUGACGAGACGAGGUUGGCGUCUGACUUGUUUGCUAAAGCUCUACGCCUUGGCCACUCUGACGCACUAAUCAAGCAGCUCCUCUCCGAUCUUCUUCUCAACAAACAGGCCGGCGCCCACAAGCUGGGCAAUCUGUUAGGGAACCUGCCUCAGACCGAGCAACGCAAAGUUCUGUACUCUGUUCUGAAGCUUUUCUCUGCUGAUCACCUGGACGGUCUCGGACGCUGUGAAACCGCAGAGAGCAAGCCGCUUAUCUCAGCCGUUGCGGGCGCAAUCAACGCGAUACUGGAUUCUGACGGAAAUGGGAGGAGGCACCUGCUGGAGUGGUUAACAGGUUCCUCGGGAGCUGGGCUCGGAGAUGGGGUUGGCAUCCGGCGGGCUGUUAUGGCGGUCAUCUCCCAGAAUAGGGACGACCUGGUAGCGGUGCUUGAGAAGAGCCUCAGCCAGUUUGGGGACCAGCUCUACAUCAAACACUCGCCGGCGUUGCAGCAAGAAGCUCACGCCCAGAUUCUACUCUUGAGCGCCGGAUACGUGCACAGGAACUCACCAAUAAAACUGUCGUUUCUCUUGCGGUCUAGUGCCUGGCUCAACACCAUCUCCAAUCGACUAGGAGCGCCUCACCAGAGAGCCCGGUUCUUGGGUAUGGUCGUGGGCGAGGCUCUCUCUGGCCUUGUUGACAACAGCGAUAAGCGACUCAACUUCAAGAUGGAAGAAACAGACCAGGAAGAGGGGAGAUGGUACAAGGAGCUGACUGCAGUCUCGGAUGAGCUGGCAUCGUUGGAUCCCUUGUUUGAGGCCCGCCCAGAAAUCCCGUCAAGGAGGCGGCAAGGCCCACAGAAGCCGGCGAAGAGACCAGCGCCACAGCCUCCACAGACUGGCUUCAUUAUCGAGGAGCUUAGCGAUGGCGAGGCACCAGAAGAAGACGACGUUAUUCCCUACGCGAAACCGGAUUCCGAUGCGGAAGACUCGGACGACGACCCAACGUUGGUCAGGCGUGAUAAGCCGAAAGCUCCCGUCUACAUCAGGGAUUUGAUCAAGUACCUGCGGGAUACAGACAGCUAUGACCACCAGAAGCUCGCUCUCACAACGGCGCCAUCGCUCAUUCGACGGAAGGCGGACUACGGAACAGAGGUGUUAGAGCAUGCCGAGGAGCUCGCGUCAUUGCUGGUGGGCCUGAGUGACAGGUUCGAGAUGGAGGACUUUGACGACCUCCGAGCCCAGGGGAUGAUCGCCAUCAUCGUUGCGAAACCUGAGAAGAUGGGCCAGUGGUUCGCCAAGACGUUCUUCGAUGGAGACUACUCGAUCUCCCAGCGGGCGUCCAUUCUCGUUGUACUAGGCCUAAGCGCUCGCGAACUGGCAGGCCGCGAGACAUCUGAUUAUGCUGCAAUGGCCGCCUUCCCGUCCAAGACACUCCCGGAGAGGGUUGAGAAGCUCUAUCUCAGCCACAACCCGUCACAAAGCAACUCCUCAUCCUCCUCUCUCAAACCUCUCCCUCCCAAUGCUAUCGACAACAUCGCCUCCUCCCUCGCCUCCUCUUUCCUCGCCCCGCUAGCAGCCACAGCCGCCGACGCCGCCACGGGUCCCGACGUCCUCAAGCUCUCCACAUUCGCCUCCCGGCUCGAGGAGAAACAGAGGCAGGAACAAGAACAAGAACAAACCUCGUCCAACCCGAAAAUAAAAUACAAAUCCCGGCACCCCCAAAACAAACCCCGCCUCCGCGCCAUCCCCAACACGACCGCCCACCUGAUCGCCACGUCCUUCUUCUCCCCGCUCACCGCCCGCUUCCAGGCGGCGCUCCACGCCUCCUCGUCGUUGCCGCGCCGCAGCAGAGCCAUCCUCUUCCACCCGUCCCUCCUCGCCCUCUACCUCAAGACCCUGGCCUUGCUCAUCCACGCCGCCGGGCCCAGCACCCUGUCCCUGCCGCAGAUGACGGCCGAGCUGUGGCGCCUGCUGCUGAGCACGAGCGUGCGCGCCGCCGCGGUCGGGGACCUGUACGUCACGCGGGCGGUGCUUCUGGGGUUUGUGGCGCUGUUGGACGUGAACGAGGACCGCAUGAGGGAGGUGUGCAUGGAGUUGGGCAGGGAGGUGGUCGAGGCGCAGGAGUGGGUCGCGAGCGUGUUUGGUGGGUUGAGGGGUGGUGAUGAGGGCGGGGAGGAGGAGCAGGUGAAGAUGCUCGCUGCUGGCGUGUUGGUGAGGUUGAGGGAGGGCGUGGAGAAGUAUCGCUUGGUUUUGGUGGGGGAUUUGAUCGGGUUUUGAUUGAUUGAAUAAGCUGUACAAUACAGUAGGAUCGAAGGAAGGGUCAGUGAAAGGGAGACUGGAGGAUAGGGGGUCUUUCCGUCGACGC